CCUUAGAAGCUCAGCAAGCAUAAUUCCAUUGGAAGACCGAAGCAAAAGAGCGUUUGGAACGUAGCAAUCAAGGAAAAUGCAAAACAUAGCUAGCAGUGCAUAAUUCUAUUGGUUUUGGUUUUCCAGUUUCCAACUAUUUUGAGGCAAAUCCAAAAGAAGCCCCCAAGAGCUUCGAAACACCAUAAAACCCAGAAUCCUAUUUUGUACCCUGAGAUUCUCACAUCUUGGCCAUGGAUUCCGACUGGGACCCAUUCGAUUCUCCGUCUUCAUCCGACAACUUCUUCGACAGGGAUCGCCACGUGUUGUUUCUGGAGACGUUGUACCAUCUCUUACCGACUGAUUACCAGAACCAAGAGAUCAACCGCCUCACUCUCGCCCACUUUGUCAUCUCCGGUCUCCAUCUCCUCGGAGCUCUUGAUCGCGUUGACAAGGAUGCUGUUGCCAAUUGGGUUUUGUUCUUUCAAGCUCUCCCAAGAAAUGAAUAUGAGCUAGAAGACGGAGAAUUUUACGGAUUCCAUGGUUCUGCAAGUUCAAAAUUUCCUCCUGAUAAUAAUGGGGUUUUGGUUCACAAUGGCAGUCACUUGGCAAGCACUUAUUGUGCUCUAGCCAUACUAAAGAUAGUUGGCUAUAACUUUGCUAACAUUGAUUCUGAACCAAUAUUGAGAUCGAUGAGAAACCUCCAAAAGCCUGAUGGGAGCUUUAUGCCUAUUCACACAGGGGCAGAGACAGAUCUUCGGUUCAUUUAUUGUGCUGCCGCUAUCUGUUCUAUGUUGGAAAACUGGAGUGGUAUGGACAGGGAGAAAGCCAAGGAUUACAUAUUGAAUUGUCAGUCAUAUGAUGGUGGCUUUGGGUUGAUCCCUGGUUUGGAAUCGCACGGUGGGGCAACUUAUUGUGCUGUCGCAUCUCUUCGGUUAAUGGGCUUCAUUGAAGAUGACCUUCUCUCUAAGAAUGGUUCAUCUUCCAUUGUAAAUGCACCAUUGCUUCUGGAUUGGAUCUUGAAGAGGCAAGCGAGUGAUGGUGGAUUUCAAGGUAGACCCAACAAGUCUAGUGACCCGUGUUAUGCAUUCUGGAUCGGAGGAACAUUGAAGAUUUUAGGGGGUUACAAAUUCAUUGACGUGAUAUCUCUACGUGGAUUUUUGCUAGCUUGUCAGUCUAAGUAUGGUGGUUUCAGCAAGUUCCCUGGAGAUUUGCCUGAUCUGUAUCACUCCUAUUAUGGAUUUACAGCAUUCAGUCUAUUGGAAGAACCUGGCCUGAACCCACUUUGUGUUGAACUGGGAAUAUCUGAUAUUGCUGCCAUGGAUAUCAUGUGAUUGUUCUUAUCCUCGUCGUAGCAUUUUUUUUCCCCCAAAAAUACAAUGUCCAAUUGGACAGGUUGUGUCUUACCCUAAGAGUUAUGAUAAUGUACGUCUUGACUAAGUGUUGACCAUAAAUAUAAUUUUAUUUCGUAAUGUCAAAAUUGUUUCUGCAAGCA